AUGCUCCGCCGCCCGCCCGUGUCGCGCGUAGACGCCGCCGUGCGCCGCCUGUGCACGACGCAACUGCUGCCGAACUACCGCCGCAUGAUCCUCGAGUCGCGCGUGUACGACGUGGCCGACCAGACGCCGCUGCAGGAGGCGCCGGCACUGUCCCACGCGCUGCAGAACCGCGUGCUGCUCAAGCGCGAAGACCUGCAGCCGGUCUUCAGCUUCAAGAUCCGCGGCGCGUACAACAAGAUGGCCAGUCUGACGGACGCCGAGAAGGCCGCGGGCUGCGUGUGCUGCUCGGCCGGGAACCACGCACAGGGCGUGGCGCUGUCGUCGCGCAAGCUCGGGAUCCGCGCCAAGGUCGUGAUGCCGCUGGCCACGCCGGACAUUAAGGUGAACGCCGUGCGUCUCCACGGAGGCGACGCGGUGGACAUUGUGCUUCAUGGCAAGACGUUCGACGACGCUGCUGCAGAAGCUCGGCGGUUGGUGCAGGAGGAGCACCUCACGUUGAUUUUGCCGUUUGAUGACCCGCACGUGAUUGCAGGCCAAGGAACAGUAGGGCUCGAGAUCUUGCAGCAGACCAGUGGAUCCGGCGAGAAGCUGGACGCUAUUUUCGUCCCGUCUGGCGGCGGCGGGAUGCUCGCGGGGAUUGCUGCGUGGGUCAAGCAGAUCCGACCGAGUGUCAAGGUCAUUGGUGUCGAGGCAGCUGAUGCAGCGGGCAUGACAGCGUCGCUGGCAGCUGGAAAGGUGGUAGAGCUCGACCGCGUUGGGCUGUUUGCGGACGGCGCGGCGGUGAAACGUGUGGGGUCCGAGACGUUUCGAGUGUGUGCCGAGUACGUUGACGAGAUGGUGACGGUGUCCACUGACGAGAUCUGCGCUGCGAUAAAAGCAGGGUUCAACGACACGCGCGCGAUCCUCGAGCCAGCAGGUGUGCUGGCAAUUGCCGGUAUGACGCAGUAUGUCAAGACGCGCGGACUGUCGGGCUGUCAGUUCGUUGCUGUCACAUCUGGAGCAAACAUGGACUUUGCUCGGUUGCGGUUCGUGUCCGAGCGUGCAGACUCGCAGGAGCGACUGCUGGCCGUGGAGAUUGACGAGACGCCUGGUGCCUUUUUGCGCCUCAACCGCCGUUUGGACGCCGCGGGUGUCCGUAUCACUGAGUUCAGCUACCGCUACGAUGACGCGCGAAAAGCACGAGUGCAUCUGUCGUUCCACUCGCCAACUUUGGAACACGCAACUGCUGCGGUUCGUGAGCUGCGGGGGGACGAGUCGCCGUCGGGCCACGCACAGGGUGGUGCUUACCAGGUGCUCGAUCUGUCGGAUAACGAGCUGGCUAAGGUCCACACGCGAUACUUGGCUGGCGGUCGCGCUCGUGGUAAUGUGCGAGACGAGCUGCUGUAUCGCUUUGAGUUUCCCGACCGCCCACGGGCUCUCGCCACGUUCCUAGAGGCGCUGCAGAGCACGUGGAACAUUAGUCUAUUCCACUAUCGCAACCACGGCGCGGACGUUGGCCGCGUACUUGUGGGCUUCCAAGUGGCUGCGAAGGACCACGAGCGCUUUCGAGUGUUCUUGAACCAGUUGGCAUACGUUUUUCACGAGGAAACAGACAACCAAAUGUACCAAGAGCUAUUGCUUUGA